AUGACUAUUGCAAUCGCCGGAUGUGGUCCAGUUGGGAUCACUAUCUUAGAGACUUUGCUAGAGAGCUCCAAAUACCAAGGCCAAAUAGUUAUUCUAACUCGGACCCAGAAUUUACGGUCCACACCACUUCUAAAUCGAACGACCCAGAUCAAGGUCGACUACAAUGAUGUUCAUUCGACUACCACGCAGCUUGAAGCCCAUCAAGUGCACACAGUCAUCUGCACAUUUGGAGUUGGCUCGGUCGAGGCAUUCCAGGCAGAGUUAGAUCUGAUAAAAGCUUGCGAAAGAUCGGUGGUGACGAGACGAUUCAUUCCUAGUGAAUACUCUUUUCCUCACGAAGCAUCCCCAGACAUAUAUCCUGAAGGCCAGUACUUCAUCGACGUCGUGAAGGCUUUAAAAAAGGCGAAUUUGGAAUACACCCGGAUCUUCGUGGGUACUUUCAUGGACUAUUGGGGUAUGCCGAACACACGAACCCAUAUCGGGUAUUUUGGUUUUGGUGUCGAGAUCAGUAGUGCUCGAGCUCUCAUUCCCGGGGAUGGAAAUGAUGUGUUUACUGUUACCUACUCGUAUGAUAUGGCAAGGUUCAUCGUGGGCCUACUCGAUCUUGAAUCGUGGCCCGAGACCUGCCAUUUUAGCGGGGACGAUAUUACUUUCAAUCAGAUACUGGACCAAGCACAGAGGCUUCGAGGUAAAAAGUUCGAUGUGACGUAUGUCAGCGUCGAUCGGGUUAAGAAGAACCAAGUUCCUCCAGUUCCACAGUCUCAGGAGGCGUAUUAUGACUCGGAGAUGGUGGAGUGGCUGACCCAUUACAUGAGCCUGGCCUUGAUCCACGGAGAGAUGGAGCUUCCACGACAAGGUCGAAUGAAUACUGCACUCCCGCAUAUUCAGCCCAUAUCCAUAUCUGAGUUUUUAACCCAUGCAUGGUCUACAACCUCAAGUUCUACUUGA